GAAUGCUGGGAUGUUUACACUACUGGCACUGAGUCGGAAUGGAGAGCUGCUGAAGUGUAGAGUUGCACUGAUCAACCUUAAAAGUUUCCUACUAACUUUUUUGAACCUCGAACGGUAACGGCGGUUUAAAACUUGUUUUCCGGCGUCCUUUGUGCUUGUUUUUUCGAGGUCAGGAAGAGAGGGGUUGAGAGAAUUCGCAUGAGAGCCUGCCAACCAGAGUCGGCCCACGAACUGGGCAGCACUGUGAAAAAGUGAGAGACUGCGAGCCGCCAUCAGUGAAAACACUAGACACUUCCUGCAGAGCUUGAGACGGCCAAGUUUUUGCUAUCAUGGAUGAGCAUUCUCAGCAAGGCCAGCAUUUACCACAUUCCCAGUUUCAUUCACAGAAACCUUUGAGACCGGAUAUGGGUUACAACUCUUUAGCAAAUUUUCAGAUUGAGAAGAAGAUUGGAAGAGGACAAUUUAGUGAAGUUUAUAGAGCUAAAUGUUUAUUAGAUGGAGUUCCAGUAGCUUUGAAAAAAGUUCAGAUAUUUGACUUGAUGGAUGCCAAAGCUCGUGCAGAUUGCAUCAAAGAAAUAGAUCUCCUUAAGCAACUUAACCAUCCCAAUGUAAUUAAAUAUUAUGCUUCAUUUAUUGAAGAAAAUGAACUAAAUAUAGUGUUGGAGUUGGCAGAUGCUGGAGAUCUUUCACGAAUGAUAAAGCAUUUUAAGAAACAGAAGAGGUUGAUUCCUGAAAGGACAGUAUGGAAAUACUUUGUUCAGCUUUGUAGUGCCUUGGAUCAUAUGCACUCACGGCGUGUCAUGCACAGAGAUAUUAAACCUGCAAAUGUUUUCAUCACCGCCACUGGGGUUGUAAAAUUAGGAGACCUGGGUCUUGGAAGAUUUUUUAGCUCUAAAACUACAGCAGCACAUUCUUUAGUUGGUACCCCUUAUUAUAUGUCCCCUGAGAGAAUACAUGAAAACGGAUACAACUUCAAAUCUGACAUCUGGUCACUAGGCUGUUUGCUCUAUGAGAUGGCUGCCCUACAAAGUCCAUUCUAUGGUGAUAAAAUGAACCUCUUUUCUUUGUGCAAGAAAAUUGAGCAGUGUGACUACCCUCCUCUUCCAUCUGAUCAUUAUUCAGAUGAGCUGAGAAAAUUAGUAGACAUGUGUAUAAACCCGGAUCCUGAAAAGAGGCCCGAUAUUGCUUAUGUAUAUGAUAUAGCAAAACGGAUGCAGGCAUUCACCUUGGGCAGCUAAAUCUGUCUUCAAGAAUGAAGAAAAGGAGCAGGUGAUUUCCCAGUGUCCUCUGCAAUUCUUUCAAUAUCUGAAGACGUUGUAACACAUGAAAUGGAAAACAUUUCCAGUAAUUCAGCUCUUUUUUGCUUAUAACUUUUAUUUAGAAGUAUAUUUUUUUAUGAAGCCCAGCUGGGAUUUAUUACUGGAUUCUUCAGCCAUCUGGGUCUUCAGUUUUUUUUUUUAUAUAUAUAUAUAUAUAUAUAUAUAUAUAUAUAUAUAUAUAUAUAUAUAAAUAAUAUAAUAUUAAAUAAACAAAAACAUGAAAUUGAAAAGGGGUUGGGGGGAUCGUGUUACAACAGAAGUAUAAAUUAUGAGUGACAACCAUGGAAUGAAUCAUUUCUAAUCUGACUUGCCCAGUUACACAUUAUGAUGUCAGACUGAUUUCUGUUUUGUUUUUUGAAUCCAAGUAGUGUUUUCCACUUGAAAAGUGUUUUGUGUCAUGUAUACGUAUCUAGGUUACUUUUUUUUUAAUCUUCACACAAUUGUUUAUAAAAUAUUGUACCAUUUUAAUUGUGUUUUAUGUACGCCAUUAAAAUUCAAAGAUGUGCAAGAAGGCAAGAGUGGUUUGCAUAGCAUUCUAAAACAUACUGGAAUAUAAGGUUUUGAAAAUCCUUUAAUGUAAAGUGACAAGUAUUGUCUCUUUUACAAAUACAUCGAAUUUUAAACUCUAUUUUAAAUAUAAGCACAGUCAUAUAUAAUUAAGAUCUUUCUUUAUGAUCUUGUUGUACACUUGUCACAGAAAAUUGCUUUAAUACAAAUUUAUCCCAGUGUUUCUAUUAUUCUAAUUUCGGCUUUGAGAAAUGUUAAUGUUUAAAAUUUUGUUUUUGUUCUUGUAUUCAAACCUAUACUGGUUUUAAAUUAAAGAAAUUUACAUUUAAAAAAAAUUCUGGCUGGGUAAGAAAUAUUUUAUGUAUAUAUUUUUUUAUAUAACAGGGGCUCAUGGUAAUUAAGGACUGUGAACUCCAGGUUCCUUCAAUAUACUAUUUAAAUUAGGUUGAUUAGUGAUUCUGAGUUUUCCUUGCGUGAAUAUUUGUAAAUGUUUGCGGGAGUGUGUACUGCGAACAACAUGCACCCAUUCUGCUUAAUGCUGCAUGGAGAGCAUCACCCACCCCAAAUUUAUAUUUUAAAGCCGAGACAGAUCGUACAAAGUUAUUUAAUUUGAAAGUAUACAGAUAUUGUAGAUCAUUUAUUUUGGAGGACUCAAAAUAAAAUGGUUAAUGGCAAA